AUGGCAGCCAAGACCAAGUCGAUGAAACAAGACACGAGUGCUGGGAAAAAUAAGCAAGGAGUAACAACCAAGAAUGGAGAUGUAUCCCGAGAAAUAAGCGACAUGGAAGCACUUGUCAAUGAGAGGAAGUUGUACCUGCAGAAGGAAUACAAGACUCUCACUGACCAUGUGAACGCAUACAUGGGAACAGUGGAGCUCUUCCUCCAGGAGAAUAAAUUCCUAGAAAAGGAGGCCAAACAGAAUGAGGAAGAGAGCAACGCUUAUCUCUCCUACAUAGCAAAACACAGCCAAAAGUGCCAGAACAUGAUAAUAACAUUAAAUGAUCAGAAUCACACUGAUCUGUCUCAAGUCCAGAAGGAGAAAGAGGAGCUAAUCUCACAGUAUACGGAAAAAGAGAAGGAGGUGAGGAGCCGUCUGACGAAUGUGGAGACAAAGUACUCUGUUAUGAGCAAGGAGGUUGAAGACCUGCAGCCAUUCAAAGCUCCAUCUCUUCAGCUGGAACAGAGGAAAAGGAUUAAAGAGCUGGAGAAGGAACUGUUGGUCACAAAGGUACGGUAUGCGGAUCAAAUGCACACAAUCAAGAGCAGAUUUCUGAAGGCCAAGGCUGACUGCGAGAUGGACUUUCAACAGAAGAUGCAGUUUCUCACCAAGAGAGCAGAAGAAGCAGCAAUGCUGUCUCUAAUUCAGCAUAUUCAACAGGUGAAAGCAGAGAAUUGCCGUCUGCGCCAGGAACUGCUCAGCCUCAUCCAGUAUUCAACAAUCCUUAAGGAAACCAAAGUUCAGCUGCUAGACCAGCAGGAGCAGCUGCUCCGGGAGCAGCGGUACCUGGAGGACGUGGCCCAGGCGCGCCGCUGGCUGCGGGGGGCGCACGGCGCAAACGGCGCCUCCCGCCGCCCCCGCAGCCCCCGCCGCCCCCGCAGCCCCUGAAGCCCCCGCAGCCCCUGAAGCCCCCGCAGGCCCCGCCGCCCCUGCAGCCCCCGCCGCCCCUGAAGCCCACGCAGCCCCCGCCGCCCCCGCUGCUCCUUCAGGUGUGCCCGGUAACCCGAGAACCGCGUCUCCACCCCUCGCUCCUGCCAAUGGACCAGUAGCUGUAACGGCGCUGUCAGCUGCUGCCGUCAGUCAGGUACCAGUGCACACAAGUACAUGUUCUGUCCGCGAUGAGGGGAUUGACUCACACAGCUCACGCUCAGCGUGCAACCCAGGCAAAGAUCUUAAAAGUAACCUCGGCUUUAACUUUAUUACAUCUGUAUUAGGACAUCUGAAACUGCAGUCUCUUCACAUCCCAAAAUAAACAACGACAUUUU